ACUCAGUGGAAGUAUGAAAUUCUCUACUUCCGGGUUGCCUCUUUCCUUCCGGUGUGCUCGCCAUUAGAGAAAGCAGAAUGGCUAUCAGGUAUCCUAUGGCCGUUGGCCUUAAUAAGGGCCACAAAGUCACAAAGAAUGUUGCCAAGCCCAGGCAUUGCCGCAGGAGAGGGCGCCUGACCAAGCACACCAAAUUUGUCAGAGACAUGAUUCGUGAGGUAUGCGGUUUUGCCCCCUAUGAGAGAAGAGCAAUGGAAUUGCUGAAAGUGUCAAAAGAUAAGAGAGCAUUGAAGUUCAUAAAGAAGAGGAUUGGUACCCACAUCCGUGCCAAGAGAAAGAGAGAAGAACUCAGCAAUGUUCUGGCAGCUAUGAGAAAGGCAGCAGCCAAGAAAGAUUAAACUGUGUAAUUACCGCAUCAAAAUAAACCUUUCCAAAAAAAAUGUUGUCUUGUGUGUUACAUAGCAAAUGGUUUCUUAUUUGUGGAACAGUUUCUUAUUGGAAAAGUUAAAGAAAACCCAUUUAAGUAUUUAAGCCUUCUUUCAAGUCAGCUGAAGAAAAUGUCCCCUGGGAUUUAAAAGUACCUGGAUUAGAUUAAUCUCUUAAAGGGGACUUAAGUCAAAAUUAAACUUUUGAUUCAGAUCUCAUUUUUAAACAACUUUGCAAUUCACUUCCAUUAUCUAAAUUUGCAUUAUUUCUGAGGUAUCAGAUCCUACUGAGCAUGUGAAAGAUUAACAGAAUAUAGGUAUGCGUUUUGUGAUUCGCUGAUGACUGUCACAUGAUGCAGUGGGAGGGAAUAUAGAAUCAACUUUAAUAUUUGUCAGAAAACUACAACUCAAAAUUCCAAGCAAAGUGCUUUUGCGUUGUCUUUUUAUGCAUUUACUGAUUAUGCUAUUCUUAAACAACUUUCUAAUUUACUUCUAUUAUGCAGUUUGUUCUAUUGCAAUCCCUUAUUGAAAAGCAUACCCAGCAAGGCUGAGGAGAAGCACACCACUACUGGGAGCUAGAUGCGGAUUGGUUGCUGCACAUAAAUACUUCUUGUCAGGCGAACAAAGCACAUUUGAUAAUAUAAACCUAGGACAUGCUGAAAAAACUUGAUUCUACAAGUUAACCAGAUCUAGCAUCCCUGAACAUUGUAUGCUAUAACUUGCUGUAAAAGUUCUGCCCUAUUGUCUGCCCCUUUAUUCUUUAAAAAGAUGUAAGUGUAACAAUAAAAAUGCCUCUUUGGGUCAUUUAUUAAAAAUUAAAGUUAAAACAAA